AUGGGUGUUUUCAGCGAGACCGCUGGGUUUCUCCAAUCAGUUGAGUCGUCACUGAUGUCUGAUCUGGCCUAUAACUAUGACGCGAGAAUAGUUACCGCAGUCUUACUACUCCUCAUUUUCCCCUUGACAUACACCUACACGUUUGCACAGAGCCAGUUCGCCAAGAGUUCCAAAAAAGAUGUUGCGGAGCCUCCUCAGGUCCCCUACGUGGUGCCUUUCCUCGGCAACACAUAUGCGUUUGCGUCAGGCCCAGCGGCCUUCUUUACCGCGGUGCGGAAAGCGUUCGAAAAUAUUCCCGCUCGUGUACUCCUAGGAGGCCAGCGGAUGUAUCUUAUUCCACAUGGAGAACACAUCCAGACCUUGUUCAAAAGCUCUCGUCAUUUGAAUGCCGAAUACACAACAAUAAUUGCGUUCCGCGAUGCCUUGGGCCUGCCUGACAAGGAGCUUCAGGAGUUGUACGCCGAUCAAUCGGGUAUCGACACAACGCCAGCCCCGGGAUAUGAACACAUGGAAGCAAAACACCGGAUCUUCUUUCAAAUUCACAAGCAUGUUCACGCUCAUUUCGCUGGCCGCUCUCUGGAAGCAAUCACGUCAAAGUUCAUUGAGAGCUUCAGCUCUAGAAUGCUUGGUGAAAACGCCGAGACCAAUCUGAGCGGCCAGUGGCUUGAGCAGCCAGACCUGCAUGACUUGGUACGGACGGAAAUCUUCCACGCGGCCACCGAAGCAUUUUGCGGUGAUCACAUCUUCAGACUUUGUCCCAAUUUGUGCAAAGAAUUCUGGGAGUUCGACGAGGCCCUGCCCAGCUUGAUCAGCGGCACGCCGAAGUUUCUCAAUAGCAAGGCUCUUGCAGCACGCGCUGUGUUGCUCAAAAACAUCAAGACGUGGCACAAAUUUGCCAGAGAGAACUUUGACUGGAACGAUACCGAUGCGGUGUAUGCCGAGUGGGAACCUAUCUAUGGCGCCCGCAUCAUGCGAGAGAGACAGAAGAUGUUCAAGAACAUCGAGACUAGUGAGGACGGCAGUGCAUCAUAUGAUCUCGGUCUCAUUUGGGCGUCGAGUGGCAAUGUCAUUGCUGCUUCCUUCUGGUGUCUCUUCUUCAUCCUGAAAAACCCUGCGUUGAAAAAAGCAAUCAUUGAGGAAACGACGCCGUGCUUCCGACAAGGGACGUUGAUGUUUGAUUCCGAGAGACUCUACUCUCGACCCCUUCUUCAAUCAGUCUAUCUGGAGACAUUGCGUUUGUCCGUUGCGGCUCCCAUCACACGCAUCUCCAGAGUUCCGAAGUUCCAGUUGGGCAAGUGGGCAGUCAAGAAAGACGAAAUGAUGUUCGCCACGACAUGGGUGGCCUCAAGGGACACAACCUUCUGGAACCGAGGAAAGGUAGACUACAGUACUGGGAAGGCGGAGCAUGAGGUUGACGAAUUCUGGGCCGAAAGAUUCCUUGAGUUCGAGGAUGACUUGGGAUCUGGCCCGGUCCGAAGGCCUGACAGUACCACCACCGAAACUAAGCCACUGGAUGCAACUCGCCUUUCCAAAGCUAAAGUUGUGGAAUCGGGCAUGCAGGGCUACUACUAUCCCUUUGGAGGAGGCUCCAAGAUGUGCCCCGGUCGUUUCUUUGCCAAAAGGCAGAUUCUGGUCACCGUGGCUUUGAUGCUUCGCGCAUUCGACAUUGAGUUACUAGACCCAAUCACAGCCUCUAAGACUAAGCCUUGCAUGCCCAUGACACCGGUCGGUACUGUCAGGCCGAAUGUCAAGACUGCUUUCAGGAUUCGGAAGAGAGGGCUGGAUUGA